AUGGUAGAAAUGCAUGGAGAAAAACCACUGGAAGACAGCUCGUCCGCCGAGCAAGGCCUCCCAGCACAAGAAUGCAACGCAAAGCUGGAGAAACAAGCACGACUAAAAGUCGAUUGCUCCGUCCUGGCCCUCCUUUUCCUCGGCCUCCUCGUCUUUCAGCUCGACCGUAUGAACCUCGCCAGCGCCUUGACCGGAGGAUUCGCACAAGACAUCAACGUCAACCAAGACACCAUCAAUCUCGGCAACCAACUAAUGUUCAUGGGGAUUGUAGUCCUCGAAAUACCAUGCAACAUGGCCUUACAAAGACUCGGUCCUCGAAAGUGGAUGCCCGCUCAGGUAUUCAUGUUUGGCGUCGUAGCUACAAUGCAAGUCUUUGUUCGUAACCGCAUCGGCUUCCUCUUAGUACGACUUAUCCUCGGCCUCGCUGAAGCGGGAUACAUCCCGGGGGCGAUAUACACGCUCUCGACGUGGUACCAGAAGCGUGAGUUGGCAAAGCGUGUGGCGAUUCUCUUUUUUGGCAUGUUUGGCGGUAAUGCCAUUAGUCCGCUUUUGGCGUCGGGGAUAUUGAAACUGGACCAUGUUCGUGGACUUCGUGGUUGGCAAUGGCUUUUUCUGAUUGAGGGGCUGUUCACCGUAUGCGUCUCGUUUCUCUUUCUCCUCUUCCUUCCUGGUUCUACGGAUGAACCUAAGCCACUUUUGGGACGAGGCAUCAUCCGUAUCUCCCAUGACGAACAGGUUGUUCUUCAGCGCAGGAUCGAAACGGACGACUCGGAGAAACGGCCUGGUGCUCAAGGGCUAGAGAUACCAUGGAAGCUUGUCUGGCGAACUGUCAAGCACUACCGUCGAUGGCCGCACUAUGUGUCGACAUUUGCUGUCUUUUCAACCUGGAGUCCCUUGACAACAUAUACCCCUUCCAUCAUCAUGGCUCUAGGUUUCGACCGCAUCACUGCAAAUGCCCUCGCUGCCGUUGGUGGUAGUUUGGCUCUCGUCGUUGUCUUUCUGUUUGCAUACAUGAGCGACAAGACGAACCUGCGGGGCGGAUCUGUCAUUGCCGCACAUAUCUGCUACCUCAUCACGCUGAUUGUUGCUCGACAAGUCCAUCCUCACGUGGGCAAGUGGUCGCGAUGGGGCUUGUGGACGGCGGUCAACAGCUUCGCUGUCGGAUAUCACCCCGUUCAUAAUUCGUGGGUUCAACUUAAUUGCCGGGAACCAGGGGAGCGAAGCAUCGCUAUUGCGAUGUGGGUUAUGUCGGCCAUCAGCGGAUUAAUGGUGGGAACACAAUACUUUCGAGCCAAUGAUGCACCAUUUUAUCAAACCGGGCUGAGAACAAUGAUCAUCAUGGUCUGUGUAGGUAUCGUCUUUGCCAGUAUUCAAGAGGCAGUGUAUAUUGUGCACAAUCGACGUGUGGCGCGAGGAAAGAUUCGGAGCAAGGACGGCUCACCGCCCAUGAUAUAUGUACCGUAG